UGUGCUCGUUCCAAAGAACGUUCCGGCACGGGCCUCCGUGUCGUCGGCGAUGAACGGCACGCACCAACGGAUAGUAGAAGAAAUGGACGGAUGCACGGAUGCACGGAUGGAUGGAUGGAUGGAUGGAUGGAUGGAUGGAUGGAUGGAUGGAGGUAGGCAGGUGGGUGGGUAGAUACGGCCACACGGUUCGCUUCGCUUCGGUUUGGUUUGGUCAUCGACGCCGCCGCGGCGGGGUCCGGUGACCAUGCCUAGGGGUGUUGCCCGCACCUCCCCGUUCCCUCCCCCCCCAAAAAAAAACAAAAACGAACCAUCAAACAAGCGAAGGAAUGGAUGGAUGGAUCCACCCACCGAAACCACGGAGGACAACCGCAACGGACCUUUCAAAACCGCCGGAUCCGGGGCAGAACGGAUGCGACGGACACCGCGGCAGCCACCAACGGGCGAGGCAGCGAGCGAGACGAAACCCACUCCCCCCACACCAGAAGCUGCGCUCGCUUCCCCCGAGGUCUCGGAGCGAUCGCUUGCGCGAAACUACACCGGCAGAUUCGUGGGACGCUUUCCUUCCGUGUUGCACUCGCAGCCCCUGGCGAACAAUUCGCUCCGGACGGCACUGCAAUUCGCUUCGUUUGCAUACUCCGGAAGGUUCCUGAUAUCGUACGCCCUGACGCCACAGUUCCGAUCUUCUUCCCCCAGGUAGAGGUCUGGAUUUGCAAUGCCCGAACGACAAAGGAUGCACGGGGUACCAUUCCCCUGCUGCGAGGGCGACCCUCGGCCUCCACAGCAGGUCGGAGCCUGCGCUUCUUCGCAAGCACACAGCGGAGGAAUCCUUCUCUCGGGAACACAAUUCUCUCGGCAGUUGCAAUAGUGCUCUCCUCCCCCCCCACGCCCCGGAACGAUCCCCGGCUGUUCUUGUCUGCAGAUUACCGAUCCAUCGACGGGAAUGAGAUCCGAGAGCUCGUUCCCAACGACAACAAGUCUCGUGUACCUUUUGUCCA